CGGGUCCAGCGCUGGGGAGGGCGGGGCUUGCGAGGGCGGGGCGGGGCGGCUCACCUGCCAGCUCAGCUCACCUGGAUGGAGGAAGCGGCGGGGCUGUUGCGGCGGCGGCGGACGGGCCGCUUCGGGCUGCUGCUGGCCGCUUACGGGCUCUUCUUGCUGCUGGGCGCCGCCGUCUUCGCCGCCUUGGAGGCGCCCGCCGAGCGAGCCUUGCUGGCCGGCUUGCAAGCCGCCCGCGCCUCGCUGCUGGCCGAGCACCGGCCCUGCCUGGCCGAAGAGCAGCUGGCCGGGCUGCUGGGGCGAGUCCUGGCCGCCCGCGGCUACGGCGCCUUUGCCCUGGGCAACGGCUCGGCUGACCCCGCCUGGGAGUUCACCUCGGCUCUCUUCUUCGCCGCCAGCGCCCUCACCACCACCGGUUACGGAAACGUGGUUCCUCUCUCGGAUUGGGGCAAAACGAUCAGUAUCCUUUAUUGCUUUGUGGGCAUCCCGGCCACCAUUUUGUUCGUCCGAUGUUUACUCCGCUGCCUGUUGCCCAUCUUAACGCACCGGCCGGUGCAGUACAUUCACAGCCGCUGGGGCUUCCCACGGGGGCACGUGGCCUUAGGACACUCCGUGGGGCUGGGCCUGGCCACCCUGACGCUCUUCAUCGUCAUCCCGGCCGUCUGUUUCUGGAUUUUGAAGGACAACUGGAGCUUUCUGGAGUCCGUCUACUUCUGCUUCAUCUCGCUCAGCACCAUCGGCCUGGGGGAUUUCGUACCCCGCGUCAUGUCUCCCCCGUCGCUGCACGGGUUUUACGAGCUGACCAUCACGUGCUACCUACUUACCGGUGUGCUAGCCAUGCUUGUGACGCUGGAAACAAUUUACCAGCUGCAAGAAAUCCGUGCUCUUGUCCGUUUCUUCGCUCCGUCCCGCAGCCCGAUAUUGGAAGAGGAGGAUCGUGUGGGAAUCGUGAUCAGGGAUCAAUUAGCAUUGACCUCCAAUCUCGCACCCUGCUCCCCAAAAACUUCAACUGAAAGAGGUGCCCCUUAAUGUGUACCCCUCACCGCACAUUCACUGCACCCCAAAAUCUCUCCAAUAUAGGUCAUCUUCGGCUUACGACCGCAAUUGAGCCCCAAAUUUCUGGUAGCUAAGUGAAACAUUCUUUGAAACAACUUUGAAUGGUCGUUAAAUGAGCUAAUUGUCACUCAAGGACAUACCUGUACAAUCAGGGUGGAAUCCAUGCUGGGAAUGAAUCCACCCCUGUUCUGCCCCCCCUCGCCUCCAUCCGAACGAUGGCUUAAUUAGCCAGCACUAUCAGCCCUGGCAGCAAAAGAGCGAGCGUCUGCCAAGUGACUCUGUUAUCUCCGAUAAGUCAAACAGUAGUUCAGCUCUUAGUUCAGCAGUUGAUUUGCCUGCUACGAAGAGACACAGCAGCUCUCGCUGCCUUUAUAUCCUGUGGGGUGUGGCUCCAUGACUCAGCACUUCCUAGGCCUGCCCCACCCCUGCUUCUGUUGUUCCCGCCUCUCCUACCUAUGGAAUCUAGGGUCCAGCCAGGCCUGAUUGCCAUCAGCUGGGUCUGGAGGUGUGGCCUGGGGGGGGGAAAGAGUCAGGGGACGGAGGCCUCGUUAUCUCUUCCACCUGGCCUGCUUCUGGCUCCUGGAGCUGAGCCAGGGAAGCCGGUGCUCCCGAGGUAAGUCCUGAUGGCCCUUCCCCCUCACUUUCCAAGUCACUUUCUGGCAGGAGGGCCGGCUCGGGGGGGCGGGGGGCCGCAGACACAACAAUCCCCUCCCUCCG